AUGACGCGUCGCUUGCGAUCCACGAGUGGCAGCAUGCUGCCGCCUUUGGAUGAGCGGCAGCGUCCAAGCUGGAACUUUAGCACAGAUUUGCACAACAGCAAUGGCACUGCCCAGUCCCCAUGCAGAUGCAGCACGUGCAGGUCCAUUCACCGCCACAGCCGCCGCCUCGAGAAGAAGCAGCGCUCCAUGGAGCGGCUGCCAAAGCUCCCCUUCAAAGUCGGGGACCGUGUGCUGGUGACGGGCGAUCGUGUCGGUCUUGUGCGCUGGGUUGGUCGUCUUGAUACCCCAUACAUCAACCCCAACAUCCACGUCGGCGUCCAUCUGGACGACCCGAUUGGGGACACGGACGGCGUGCUGAAGGGCAAACGGUACUUCUCGUGUCCCGAGCAGCACGGCGUCUUCGUGUCAAAGGACGAAGUCAUCCUUGCCAAAGGCCGUCACGACCUCAACUACAAGAUGAUCACGCCACCAGACAAGGCCCGCCCCGCCCCGCCGCUCCUGCCGCCCGUAAACAACAACGCGACCACCACCACCACCACCACCACCACCACCACCAAUGGCACAUAUGCACAGAAGCCAGCCACACGCACGUCAAGCGCGGCAACACGGCGUCGCUUGCAUCAGACGCAGCGGCAGCUUGCAGCAGAGCGGGCAGGACAGGUGGCACAGAACGCGCUGAAGAACAAGCCGUGGCGCGGCUACAUUCCCGAUGAGAGUGAUGCUGAUGCGUGGACGGGCAGCGAGGAUGAUGCAGACGAUGGCGGUGAUGGAGGCGAUGACAGCGACAGCGAUGAUGAUGUGUUUGUGACGGGCGUUAGAGGUCCAAGCGAGGACGAGAGGGCGACGAAAGAGCUACUGGGACGCGUGGAUGAUCAGCAUUUGAAGAAUGUGCAGGAGUCCGUCUUGCAGCGCGCACGCGAUGCAGAACGACUGCUUGCUGACCUUGAACUGCGCAACAAUCGGCGCUCCCCUGCCGCGUCCCAUCGCCAAUCGCCAUCACAACCACGGUCGCGGUCACGGUCACGGUCACGGUCACACUCGCGCGUGCACUCUCCGCAUCGCAGCAGAAAUGCGAGCGCGCGGACAGGAAACGGCCGCGGUGCUGAAAGGAACAGCAAGGCUCCUCCAUCGCCAGGGCGCUUGUCACCCCAUCACCACCAGCAGCACCAGGAGAAGCAGCCACAGCAGAAGCAAGAGCGAGAAGCGUCCCCCACGCCGUCUUCAUCGUCGCGAGCACGCUCGCGUUCGCGUUCGCCGCGUCCACGAAACGAUAGGACAACAGGAGCCGGCCGUGGUGAUGAAAGGGGGACCAAAGGGGCCGAGCAGCCGAAGAAGGUCGCAGCGGAACGUGGCGCACGUGCGAAGGAUAGCGCCAAUGCACCGGCGAAAACAUCCGAUGACAGGGAGAAACAUGAUGACGGUGGUCACGCUGACGAGCAACCCAAAGCGCAGGGUCAGGAUGCAGAGCUUAGGCAGAACGUACAGGCACCACAGCAACAGAAACAGAAGCAGCAGGCAUCAGCAACCACGACAGCACAGAAUGCUGAUGGUGAUAAUGAUAAAGGUGACGAUGACAUGGUUUCGGCGGAUGAACUCGUGCGUGAUCUCUUCGCAGCAGCAGACGUCAACAACAACGGCUAUCUGAACGCGCUCGAGUUUGCGCACGCGGCGUACACAGAGACGCUUGGGCUUGCGCUGACGGCUGGGCAGGAGGCGCAGAUGAUGGAGGCAGUAGACACGACUGGCAACGGCCGCGUUACACUCGACGAAAUGCAACCACUGUUUGUCAAUCUCCUCGCCCACGUCUACGGCGAUGCACAAGGUGACGAGUGGCAGCUUGUGUACUCGCGCCCGCCAUAUGAGGUCCACUUCCACAAACCCUCCGCAUCCCUCGAUAUUCAGCUGCCCCAAGACGUCGACGACUACCACAGGCAGGUGUACGCGCCGCCGCAGAAUGAGAUUGACCUGACGGCGCUGUAUGCGUUUCAUGCCGGCGACACCACAGCGCGCGGAUCGCUCGCCCCAGAUGAACUCGUCGCCGUGCUCUCGUCCCCAGACCUCGGCCUCAACCUCUCUCAGGAGGACCUGGACUAUGUUGUUGCUGUGACGGAGCUUGAGGCAUAUGGGGAGGUUGCGUGGCCGCACUUCCGGCUGGCGAUGCGUGUGCUGAUGGCGCGGGAAUGGUUUGAGGCGCUGCCACCGGGCGCAGAGUGGAUACGCGUCGACUCGGAGCAGUUUGGGACCGUCUUCUACCACCGCGAGACCGGCGAGGCGCGCUAUGAUGAGCCGGAGCAGUACGCAACGUACUGACGCGGCUGCUCGCAAGCAUGCACAACAAACAACAACAACAACAACAACAACAACAAC